AUGCUCACAGCUCGGGCCGGGAUGAUGCAGUCCAGUCCUUGCAUCUCGGUUCUCGCUGACGUUGUGAGUCCGUCGCUAAGAUUGGCCGUUGUCCCCCCACCCUGCAUCAACGCGUCUUCCACGAUGCACACGAUGCACACAAUGCACAUGAUGCACAAUAAAGUCUGGAAGCCAGAUGAUGUUCGGCUUGCUGUAAUGAGCAGCCCGAUGGCUGAAGAUGGCCCCGAAGCUAGCCGGAGUGCACCGGUCCGAGCGCAGAGCAACCCGGCCAUCACAACUCAGCCCUCGCGGCAGAACGGAAAGGACUUGGACAUCCGAGUCAACGAAGUAACUCGUCCCUGCUCGUGCUGCCACUGGGCAAACACUCCUUAG